CCAUGCUUGUUUAAACCUCCGGGUUUCAGAACCUCGUUCUUUUAUUGAUUAAUUUAACACAUAGCGCAAACAGGGUGCAUAGACGACAGUUUUAAUGCUGUCUAUGGCAAUGUGAAAUACAUCAGAAUUACUUAAUUUAAUAAGCCUGUGUUCUUAGCCAAAAUUCGAUGUGUACAGCAUUCAUGUACCGGGUUAUGCUGCACACAAACGGAAAUUCUGGCACCGAUUUCAGACGUAGUCAAGGGUUUAUUCUUAAAUCUUAAGAUAUCGUCACAAACUGCAAGAAAAACUCUCUUUAAAACACCAAAUAUGUUUGAAAAUGUAUUGCAAUAACUUGAGAUAUUUGCAAAAAUGUUCUUAGCGGUGUUUACAUUCUGUCCAGCCCCGUGUGAAAAACUGUUUGGACACCGUUGAACCUACACCCUGUUUAAUAGAAAAUUGAAUUUAAAUUUCGCUUUAAUCGCUCACACAUAUUACAAAUGCUACGAUACAUACUUGUACUUAAAAACUAUAAAUAUUAUACAAUUGCGUUUUGUAUUACACAAUAAGAUUUUAUUUCCGAAUCCCAUGAAACCAUAAUAUAGUAUCAUCAGCUGCAUAAUGAGUCGCAAAAUUAAAUAGGAAACCAACAUUGAAAAACAGCGCAUACAACGUAAAUAAUGAGUCACAAAGUUUCCCUUUUUUAUCUGUGAUUGCUGUCGUAUGUGUAUACCACCCUAUAUAUUGGUUUGCGUCCAACCUAUUAAUAGGAAUUGCGUCUUUAUUGGGAUUUCAUAAUUAUAUAUGCUUGAAUAUCACUACCCUGAAGAUUAUCUUUAACAUGGUCUGUCUUAUUGUAACAUAAAUAACGCAUUAUACUACUAGUUAUCUGUUUCAUAGUAUUGAUUUCGUCUAUGACUUGUUCCAAUUACCCGGUAACAUUGAUGUAAGUAAUCAAUUAGUAUCUGUUAAAAGUCCAUUCGCUGCCUUUAAUGCUGUAUUUGAAAUUGAACCCGAAUUAUAAACCAAACUCGGUCGAAUGCGACUACAUGAAGAAGCAUGCACUACAUACAACAAGAUAAGUUUUCACAAUUAUGUCAGCAGUUAAUGAGGUAAUGAACUAUUUUAGAACAUGAGUAGAACACAAUUAUUUCGUUGACAAGGGAUUUUCCAACUGAGUUGAUAAACGCCACAAACGGGUAAAAAUGAAGAAUCCAUUUAUGAUGUGUAUGCGUCAGAAUUCAACUGCGAACGACAUUGUUCGUGACUGGACUUACGAAUCAUUCAUUGUAAACGGACAAGAAAACGUGGAACCAGAAAAACACCCUGAAUUCACAAGGGCAUCAUUCUAUGACCACCAAUUUACGACAGUAAAUGGUUGCUUUAACGAGCGAGGUAAUGAAUGCGGGAUACAAGCAGCGCUCUGUGACCGUAAACGCUCGACCGGAUUAACGUACAAUAAUGAGCGCUCUGUGCGCGUUAAAGACUGGCUUGAUACUAAUGCACCGCGCUUUUCCCAAUCAUUUUCGGAAGGCCCCAGGAAUGGACCAAAGGUGCAUGCUAGAGAUUGGCGAGACCGGGAGAUAGAGAAGACCCAGAUACAAUCGGCUCUUCGGGAGUUCAUGGCCAGACGAGGGAUCGAGUGGCAACAACAGGCACUGAUAGCAAGAAGCAAUCCCGAUGCCAACAAUUCCCGCCAAAAGGAACGUCCGGUCACGAGGUCUGUAUCCAGUUCGCAAGCUCCGUUCAGCCUGACGGACAUCAACAAGCUGUAUGCCCAGAAGACGGUCAACGUCUACAGAUGAAGCUACCUGUAGUUAUUUGUGAUACAUUGUAAAGGUUCUGCCGUGUCCAAACCGAACACUAUCACGUACUAAAUGUGACUUAUAGCUCCAGGUCGUAACGGUUCAGGAGGGGAAACGAGUAUUUCAGAAGAACUGAAAGUGCAAAGUAUAUUAUGUAUGCAUGUAUGUAUGAUGUUCAAGCUGAAGUAUUGAACACAAUAACGGUACAUGUACUGUAGAUAUGAUUUGCGUAGCAAAUGCCAAAACACAUCACUGUUAAAGUUCUAAAGAAUAAGCUUGCGUACAAAGAUAAGAAAGAACAGGAAAACAAAAUGAAACAAACAAACAUCGUGAAGUGACAGUGGUUUAGGGACAGAAUAUGAUACUUGUCAUGUUUCAAACUUUUAUUGACUGCUUGUGACAAAUUUGACAUUAUAUUUUUCGUAACUAAGUUAAAGAGAAUAUAAAUGUAUUAUAAGCAAGGCGUUUUGAAAGACAAUAAAAUGUUGAAUUUUC